CUGCGGGUUUGGGUAAGCAGCGGGAGGGAGGGCUGUGAUCUCGUAUGCUGUUACGAGGCCGUAGUCCUUCGUCGAGCACGCAUUCGUCGGGCAGGAGUCGCCACCGUCCACCCCUCCAUCGCUGCGGGGCCACCGCGCCAUCAAGCAAUGCAUGCCAGGUAUAGCUAGCCUGUAGAGCAUGCGGCUGGGGCCGACGCUGCUCGCGCUGCUCCUCGGAGCAGCCUGGAGCAGACCCUGGCAGCUCGCCCACUGCCGCGGCCCGAAGCAGGCCAAGUACAGCGCCGCCUGGCUCGCCGCGAGCGACCUGCUCCGAGCAUUACCAGAAAGCUACCUGAACACGUCGCGCCUCUUUAAGCGGGGGACCAUGAUGGAGGCCGCGUCGUUUCUAUUACUAGAGAAGACGGCUACGUAUAAAACGCGGGACUUCCUGGACUUCUACGUCGAGCACCUGUCGUGGUAUGAGCGGCGGCUGAUAGUGGCCACGAACCCGCUCGCCGAUGGAGCGAAGGUCCUCGGGGACGCGAGGAGAGCGCUCGCGACGAAGCUGAAAGCCAUGUCAUUUCGGCAGAAGCAGCGCCCCCUGGACGCCGUCGCCGUGAUGCCGUUCUACGGCCAGGGCCAGGGACAGGGCCCGUCGGACGUCGGGCUGCGCGGUAUUUACUUAAAUGCGACGCUCGAUUCCGUGCGGGCCGCGCUGACGCGAACCGUUGUCGUUGCUGUCCAUAACGAACGCGACUUGGAGUUUGUCGAACAUUGCUGCGGCCCGCUGGCCGACGUCCUGUACUGUGCAUAAAUCAAAAUUUCACGGCGCGUUCGUCCUGCUCGAUGGCGUGGCGAUGCCGGUUCUCUUUUCCUCGACGGAGCCAGAGCGGCCGCGUCGUCGCCGAGCGCCCGACACACUGGUUGAUUUCUACACAGGUCCUGUAUUUGCCGAACAUCAGACCAGAAAAACUCGGUGCCGCUUCAUUAAUUGCGGUGCACCGCCUCGUGGCGGGCCUGCCGCUGCACGACGCUCGGCUCUACUCGCGCGACGAGACGAAGGCGAAGCGCUGGGACCAUAAAGCCGCUUUCGUCGGGUCGCGGCGUCGCCAUCAAAACGGCGCGCCGCCGGCCUUCUGGCGCGCGUCAAAAUAUGUGUACUACACCGAGAGCGACCAGAUUCUCAGAAUACGAAGCAGUAAAGCGCUCGCGGCGAUGGCGCUGGGCGCGGACCCUACAAAUUCCAUCCUCGUGCCGCACCGCGGCGUGCCGCUGCCGAUGCCCGAGGACUUCAACGGAGGAGCAAUCCUGGCGACGGAGGAGCUGCGCUUCAACGGCGGCUGGAGCUCAACGCCGCUCGACGCCGCGCGGGACGCGUGCUGCUUCCCGAGCGACUCGCACGCGUGCCUGCACACGCACGUGCAGUCCCGCGAGGCCCUGCGCGCAUCCACGAAGCUCCUCCGCGCGGCCGGCGCGCUUUCCUUAAUCCCGGGCGAAGGGAACUUUCUGCGGAUGGAGUACCGGGCCUGCGCCCACGCGCCGGACGGGGGCGGGCGGGCGUGCGCGUGACGUGUAAUGUUGUGUUUACUCUA